GAAAAAAAAUAUCAAAAUCCCUCAAAUCGAGAAAAACCCGAUUCAUCCGUUUCUAACUUAAUUAUUAUCCAAACCUCAAGUUCAGUUCUUGUCACGGGUCGAUCGACAUGGUCCGUCAACUAACACUCAACUCAAAUCACCACCAGGGUGGUGGUUUUCAUACUGUCAAUGUUUUCUGUUCUCUUCCAGUGGCGUUUGCCUUAUUUGUAUCAGCAACGGUUUUAGUAGCUCUGUGUGCCAAACACACAAUAAGGCGACGGCAGCUUGCUACUGAGACACUAGGAUGUUGUCCCGAAGAUUCAAAACUCACAACUAGUUCAUCUACAAUGAUCUCACCUGGAAGAUUUUUUGCAAGUGUAAGUAACAAAGCGUUUCCUUUUAUCUACAAGAAAAGAAGUUGUAAUCAGUACGAAAUCGUUGGGGACGACGAGGGGUCACUUGGCGAUGGUGGUUUAUGGCAAAGAGGAAUAUUGAUGGGUGAGAAAUGUCAACCACCUGAUUUUUCUGGGGUUAUUUACUACGAUGUUUAUGGCCGACGGGUUUCUGAAAUACCGAGGUCACCUCGUGCUAAUCCUUUUCCGUCAAGCUUUUCAUUUCCAGUUGCAAAAGAUGGAAGCUUUUAAGUCUCUGUAUGUUUUCUUAUUAUGGGAUGUUUUAUGUACUUAUUUCAACAAUGUUUAAUUUUAGAAAAAAGUUAAAUUGGUUCUUA